AGCGGCGGCGCGGGAGGGGGGAAAAGGGAGGGGCGACUAUAGACCGCUGGAGGAUCGAGAGCGCCUCCCCGCGGGCGGCUCCGGGAACAGGCGCCCCCGCGGCCGCCGGCGUCUCUGCUGAGCUGCACCCCGGGGGCCUCACCUGUCCUGGCAUGUUGGGAGAAAUCCGGUUUGUUCUGUUCCAGCGUCACGCCAGGAUGAAGCCUGAUGGCGCCUACAAGCAGCUGGACCCGCUGGAGGACCAAGGGGUGCAGCCCACCCGCUUCCCACUGAAGUGCUCCCACGGCACAUUGCUCUCUGCCAUCCUCACCCUCUUCAUCCUCAUCUUCCUCGUGUUCUUCAAUCUCCGGCUGAGCUCAGCCCUCUGUGGUGAUGCUGGCAGUGAUGCUGGUGGUGAUGCCAGAUCCUGCAGUGAUGGGUGCCGGAUUGUCCUGGUGGAGAGCAUCCCGGAGGGAAUGACCUUCAGUGAUGGUUCCGUGCUGAAUCCAUCCACCUUCUCCACAUGGAUGAACCUUCUGGGGACUGUCACCCACAGCCUGGACAUCGCUUCCUUCUACUGGACCAUGACCAACGAGGACACACGGACACACGAACCCUCUGCCACCCAGGGUGAACAAAUCUUUGAGGAACUUCUCCAGUUGUCCCAGCGCGGCAUCACCGUCCGAAUUGCCGUCAGUCGCCCAUCAGCAAAAUCGCCCCUGAAUGAUCUCCAAGCACUGGAGCAGAGCGGUGCUGCGGUGCGCACUGUUGAUAUGCCGCGCCUCACUGGCGGCGUGUUGCACACCAAGUUUUGGCUCGUUGAUGGCACCCACCUCUACGUUGGGAGCGCAAACAUGGACUGGAGGUCUUUGACCCAGGUGAAGGAGCUCGGCACUGCUGUCUACAACUGCAGCUGCUUGGCCAAAGAUUUAGGCAAAAUUUUUGAAGCUUAUUGGGCUCUUGGCAUUCCUGGUGCUUCCAUCCCGGUACCAUGGCCAGCAAAUUAUUCCACGACCUUCAACAUGGAGACACCAUUGGACUUGAAGCUCAAUGACACCGAUGCCACCGUCUACUUCUCACAGAGCUCCCCGCCGGCUCUCUGUGCCGCUGGUCGGACCCAGGAUCUUAGUGCCCUCCUCAGCGUCAUCGAUGCUGCCGAGGACUUCGUGGACAUAGCGGUGAUGAGCUACCUACCCACCACCGAAUUCUCCCACCCCGAAAGAUUUUGGCCAGCAAUUGAUAACCAGCUGCGGAAAGCCGUCUUCGAGCGCCAGGUCAAGGUUCGGUUGUUGGCAGGUUGUUGGCGGCACAGCCGACUGACCAUGUUCCCCUUCCUCAAAUCCCUUGCUGCUGUCACCGAUAAUCAGACCCACUACAGCAUGGAGGUGCGGCUUUUCAUUGUGCCGGCGAGUGCGGCGCAAGCCCAGAUCCCCUAUGCCCGGGUGAACCACAACAAGUACAUGGUGACAGAGAAGGCGGCAUAUAUCGGGACGUCCAACUGGUCUGGUGACUACUUCACGCGGACGGCAGGAUCAGCGCUGGUGGUGAACCAGACUGCGAGCCGACCCGGUGCUGGCACUGCCACCAGCACUGCUGCCGGAUCCGGCACCAUCCGGGAGCAGCUGCAGGCGGUUUUUGAGCGGGAUUGGAGCUCCCAGUACAGCACCGACAUCAGCAAUGCCGAGCGGUGGGAGAGCCUCUGUGGCUCCCGUUAGGCACCAGGGAACAGACCACUGGUGAGCCAUGGGUUCUGUCUGUGCCAAAUUCAGCUGCCCCACUCUAAUGUGGGGAAAAAAACCAGAAAAAAAAGACUUUU